AUGCUGCCUGCCGCCCGCCGCGCCCCGCCGGGCAGCGCCCGGGACACCGGCCUCGCCUUCUACGUGCUCUGGGGCCUGCGGGAGCCGCCGUGGCGGCUCGGCAGCCAGUCCAGCAGGAUGGGUUUCCAGGUCUGGCUGCCCCUGCCGUUGCCGCAGCAGCUGGUGGUGUUCGGGCUGGGAGACUGGAGCUGCUACUCCGCAGACACGUGCAUCGUGGUGGACGUGCUGGUGUCCGCAGGCAUCGCGCCACAGCGGGUUGGCGUGCUGGAGCACACGCACAGGUCUCUGGUGUGGGAGGGUGACUGGAGGACAGAUAUUUCCAUGGCCUCACUGAAAGAAAUGGACAAAGGCAACCCUGUGAAGCUUGUCCUGACUGUCAAUGGACAGCUUCUCCGAGGUGUCUCCAGCAGUACACCUGCCCACCCCUUCCUCACCCCGGACACCACCCAGUCACCAGUGCUCCCAGCAGAUGAUAUGCCCCUUGUCCAGGACCUGGAGGAUCCUACUGUGAUAGAGAGUCAGAGCCCAGAGGUGACUGCUAGAAUGCCCAGGCCUAGGAGGAAGGACGUCCACCCGCUGCUGAGGACCCUGGCAGCGACCUGUGCCCUGAAGCCACCAUCUGGCAAGGUGGAACCCAGUGAGUCCUGGAGGAAGAGUCCUGUCCACACCAAGAAGCCCAGGAAGGUUUUAUUUGAACCCACAGUGUCCGAGAGAAAUCUUGAUGAAGAAGAUCUGGCAGUGGAGGAGUUGCGAGCAGGCAGCCCCAGCCCGCGGUGGUGCCACGCCAUGUGUCUGAGUGACCUGCACACAGCUGUGCUCAUUGGGGGAGAAGGGGCCGGGCAGCAGUCCUGCAAGGAUGCACUCUGGAAGCUGGAAAUUGACAAUGAGUUCUGGCUUCCAGUGGAUUUCCAGCUACAGAAUGCCCAGCCAUUGUGCUUGCAUGGCCACACAGCUACCUAUGACCAUGACACCAAGCGUGUCUAUGUCUUUGGGGGCAUGAGGCAGAACAAAGACUACAGCAGCAUCUACAUUCUGGACACAGUCACCUGGAAAUGGCUCCUCGUGGCUGCUAAAGGGAAGGUGCCAAUGCUCACCCACCACACUGCAACUAUCUACCGCAAGGAGCUCUUUGUUUUUGGAGGGACUUUCCCCAAAAAGGCAUCACUGGCAGAUGGAACCUGCAGCAAUAGGCUCUAUGUCUUCAAUCCAGAGCAUGAAAUUUGGUACCAGCCCAUCUCAGAAGGAGAGAAGCCUCUGCCUAGGCUUGGGCAUUCAGCUACUCUACUGAAGAACAAGCUGCUGAUUUUUGGGGGUCGGGGAACUUCUCUCUACCUGAGUGACAUGCACAUCCUGGAUCUGGGUUUCAUGGAGUACACACCAGUCCCCCUCCUCACAGGACAGCCUUCUGCACGUUGUUUUCAUGCAGCUGCAGCAGUGUCGGACCAGAAGGUUCUCAUCAGUGGAGGCUGCAAUGCCAAGGGAGCUCUGCAGGAUGCCUUUGUCUUCCACCUAGACACUUUUUCCUGGAGUACGGUGAUCCACCAUGACCUCUGCUCUGUGCCCCGAGCUGGCCACACGCUGCUUGACCUGACUCCUGCCCACCCCAUGGAUGUGGGCCAGGAGAACAAAGAGGAGCAUAACCUGCACACAGUGUUGGUCUUUGGGGGCUCCAACUGUGCCGGGACCUUUUACAACAGCACAGUCAAGAUCCGGCUGGACCUAGGGUAACGCACAAUGCUCUGAAUGGGCCUGGAACAGCCAGGGUUCUUCACUAGCCUGAGUACACACA